AUGUGCGGUCCGGUCUUGAGAGACGUUUUCCGCCUGGGUGAGCACCAAGGAAAACUAAGCUGCAAGAAACUGUUGAGGUGUGGGGCAUGUGGAAAACGAUUUUACUUCAGCGUAAACUUUCAGCAGCAGCCGGACCAGCAUACGGGAGAGAAACCAUUCAGAAGUAGUGUGGACAUGGCCUCUUUUGUGAAGGAAUAUGGAUUCCAUGAUUUAGAAAAGCGCUUUACAUGUAUAGAGGUUCAGAAGGAUUUCAUGCCUGGCUCAGGGCAUCUGCAGCAAGAGGCCACUCAUACUGGAGAAAAGCCAAACACAAUCAUCCAGUGCAGGGAAACUUUACAGCGUAGUGAAGGUCAUUACACUUGGGGAGAAUGCAGGGAAGCCUUUGGUCCCGAGCAUACACCUGUUCAGGAUCAGGGUAUGCAGCCUGGACGACCGUGUUUUGUGUGCAGUGAAUGUGGGAAAACAUUCAGGUACAAAUCUUUAUUGACUAUCCACCAGAGAUUCCAUACUGCAGAAGGACAUCAGGAGUUUGGCAAAGGUAGAAAAUCCAUUAGGCAAAGCCAUAGUUCAGUUUUAAUUAGUCACAGGGUUCAACCUAGAAAAAGGCCUUAUAAGUGUGGUGACUGUGGAAAAUGUUUUACUUCUAUGUCUAUUCUCAGUUAUCAUCAGAGAACUCACAGAGGGGAAAAACCUUAUCAGUGCAUGGAAUGUGGGAAGUCUUAUAUCUCCAGUACUGGCCUCCGUUAUCAUCGCAGGGUUCACACUAGAGAAAGGCCUUAUAAGUGCCAUGAAUGUGGCAAAUCUUUUUUCUCUACUUCUGACCUCCAUUAUCAUCACAGAGGUCACAGUACAGAAAAGCCUUAUCAGUGCAAUGUAUGUGGCAAGUCCUUUCUCCGAAGAAACGUCCUCAAUGCACACAUAAAGAUUCACUCAAGUGAAAGGCCUUAUAAGUGUAAUGAAUGUGGGAAAUCUUUUAAGUGUAAGGCGACAUUCAUUAAACACCAGAGAGUUCACACAGGAGAAAGACCUUAUGAAUGCAGUGAUUGUGGAAAAUCAUUUAGUACAAGUUCUGUCCUUCGUUCUCACCAGAGAAUUCACACUGGGGAAAGGCCUUAUGAAUGUAGGGAAUGUGGGAAAUCUUUUACCACUAGUUUUGUCCUCCAUAAUCACCAGAGAGUUCACACUGGAGAGAGGCCUUAUGAAUGCAGUGAAUGCGGCAAAUCUUUUACUGCUAGUUCUGCCCUCCACUAUCACCAGAGAGUUCACACUGGAGAGAAGCCUUAUGAGUGUAGUGAAUGUGGCAAAUCUUUUACCACUAGUUCUGCCCUUCAGUGUCAUCAGAGUUCACACUGGAGAAAGGCCUUAUGA